AGCUGUGUCCAAUCACAGCUGAUCACUGAUCGUCAGUGCCCUGAUGAUCAGUGUUUCCCCAUCAGUGCCACCUGUCAGUGCCCAUCAAUGCCACUACUAAGUUCCCAUCAAUGCCACAUAUCAGUGCCUAUCAGUGCCUCCCAGUGUACAUCAGAGCUGCCUUUCAGUGCCGCCUAUCAGUGCCAGUCAGUGCUGCCUAUCAGUGCCAGUCAGUGUCGCCUAUCAGUGUUGCCUAUCAGU